UUUUUUAAUUCAAAAUAGGUGAAGUAUCCCUUUAAAUUCCCACUGUCUUACCUAGCUGCUUGUCAUAGCAUAUGAUCUACUGUACUGCCCCUACAAGUUAGGGAUUAAUGGGUUUAGCAAAACCUGUAAUUUUUGGCAAAAGUGAAAAUAUUCGUUCUUGAUUCUUGACUUUUUCUUCGUUACCUGCCUAGUGCUGCUUUGAUUUGAUCUCUGAAGAAUCAGAAUCGGGAGUUCAUCCAUGAGCACAAAUCCUAGCUGUUUCGUGUGACCCUGGGAGCAGAUGUGCCAAUAAGUAGCAAAUGCAACAGUAAAGUGUGUGGCUGAGUGAGGCAUGAAUGCAGUCUGCUUUUACCGUGCCUUGUUUUAGCACAGUUCUCGGCUGCUGGAGUGCAUGUAGCCUAUAUCAUCUGUAUUGUUCACUCUCUUCAAUUAUUGAUUAAUGUGCCCAUAAACUGCGCAAUUAAAUGGGAUUUUAUAUAACUGCCGGUGUUUUUGCAAGGAGGGGAAGAUUCGAUACGUCUUGACUGUACGUGCAGAUGUUUGUUUAUUUAUUUAUUUUUUAAAUUAGUAAUAACAGAAAUGUGUUGACGACAGAAUAUAGUGCCGGCUUUAUGGGGGGAGAGCAUCCCUCCCCCUACCAGAGGACAAAGACUAAAAUGGGUCAGACUCAGGAGAAAAGAAGAUCUCCUGCAUCGCAGAUUCCGCACCAUCCAUAAUGUGAUGUAGUGCAUCGUGGAGCUGGAGGAAUAUGUUAUCGACGGUGUACAGCAGCCUGGCCAUGCCGCCGACACACACGCUAAUGUCUGUGUGUUUUACGGUCGAUUAACGCACCCCGGAGAGCCGUUUUUUCAUUUCCAUUUUAAAGGAGAAAUCCCGCUUUUCUGGAGAGAUUCCGGAUCGCACUAACCAUUUGUCAACAUGUUCUCGGAGACUUGGGAUGGCUAAUGUGUCCAUCGGAGCAGCUGGCUUACUGGGACUGAUCUGGUUUUGGGAUACUGGGCUUCCAGUUUCCAGUCAACGACCUGUGCUGACCGACGGAUGCGGCGCCGCGUUGAUUUGUGUCCUCAGAGAAAAGGGACAAGAGACGGGGUAAAGUCCUGCUGUGUGGAGCUGGUGGACUGUGGACCCACGGGGCGGCUAAGCAUCUGAUGGAGGACUGCUUCUACUGCCAGGCUGCUGCGCAUUUCUCUGGAUUGCUGAUCUCCUAUUGCGGACACUGAGAGGUUGCAUUUCAAAACAGAGCACUGUGGAUCUGCUGAAGCCAUGGCCACCUCAGUUACCAGCCGAUCCAUGAGGACGCUCGUGCUACUCAUUGGUGCUGUGCUACUGCUGACGGUCACUGUUGGGAUCUCAGCUGUAGAACCAGAGACAUGUUACUCCAGACAACACCAGAAGGCCAUUGUCAAUGUCAGAGGAGCCUUAAGCAGACCUGGGACUGCCAUGGACGCUCGUGUAGUCCAGUCAGAGCGGGAUUGCGUGCUGGCCUGCUGCUCAGAAGAAGUAAAGCCAGGUGCCAAGUGCAACAUGGUUGUGUUCAACUCCAACAAACCUGCCACCGCUGAUAACUGCUACCUGUUCCACUGUGAGACAGAGCAGGACUGUCCUUUAAUGAAGGCUCAGGACGGCAUUAAUACAUAUGACAUAUUCAAAGGUUUGAGUCAUCCUACCACACUGAGAGCCACGACCACCACUACCACCACAGAACAAGCUACGACCACCACCACCACCACAACCCUAGCCCCAACUACCCCUACCACAACACAGUCAACCACGACCACCACAACGACGCAGUCGACCACCGCAUCAACCACUCAGCCCACCACCACGACCACCACAACGACACAACCAGCCACCACCACUACAACCACCACCACAACGCAAGCCAGCACCACCACCACCACCACACAGAAGCCAAGCACCACAACUCAGCCCACCACCACCACUACCACCACACCGCCACCACACAUAAUCAUUAUAGCCACACUGCCUGAGGUAACCCUGCAACCUGCUACAACAACAACAGCUUCUGCUACUCCAAACCCCAGGCUAGUCAGUGAGGAAUUAACACCACCCGCCACCACAAUUAUACCAGCUACAAGAAAGCAGAAUAAAACAACCAAAAAGCAAAAUAAAACAUCUAAGAAAGCAAAACCUCACGCUGUUACCACCACCACUACAGCCUCGCCGCCUGUCCAGGGUAACACUGCUACACUGGCCCCUGUGAUGCCCAACAGAGAUGCUGGGCACAGAACUACUGGCAAACCACAGCUGGCCACUGAGGCCUCCACCCUCACAACUACUACUAGUACUACUACCACUGCUACUGCUCUAGCUACGACCACUACUACUCCUGCUACUACUACUGCUGUUGUUACUACUACUGUUACUAUUCCUACUACUAAUACUCCUGUUAUUACAACCAUACCUACCACUGCUAUCACUCCUACCACCACAAUUCCUACCACCACAACUACUACUACCACUACUACUACUACCACUACUACUACUACCACUACUACUGCCACAGCUUCUGCCUCUACAGCCACAACCACCACAGCUGCCACUGAGCCACAUGUCACAAGGACAACUCCAGCAACAGGGUUGGUCAUUGUACCCAAAGGCGCCAUCCAGUCAGACCACACCCUGCAGAGCCCAGUCUCUGUGGAGAGCGUGGGCCAGGGCAAAGCCGUAGCGGCAAGGGGGGCUCUGAAGAGCAGCCUGGUGGCUUUCAUGGUGCUGGGGCUGGCCAUCCUCACGCUGGCCCUGGCUGUGGGUGGACGGAAAGCUAUGGAGUCGUUCGACAGGCGCCAUUACACAAGACUGGAGCUCAAUGACCUCCACUACGAGGUGUGAACAUGGCGAGCACGACGCAGCACGAUACGCAUGUACACAACAGACACACACACGUUCUCUCUCAAAGUCUUGGUUUCCAAGACGGAAACUCAGAAGGACAAUUUGCUUGCUAAGACUUGCUGAAAUUGUUCAAUUUCAUCUGAUAUUUUGAUUUCUAAAUAGCACACAGUUAAAUGUUGAUCACUAUGUUAAGGGGAAGUUAUGUAACAGAUUGCCUCUGCUGACCUCUAGUGGUGAUCAGGAGGAAUUGCAACAACACAGACUGGCCCAGUUCCCCACCUUGCCUGUGUCUUGAAACUCCUGUGGGUGGGGACUUUUUGUUUCAAAACAGAGGGCCAGAAAGUGGGUUUUGAAAGCCAGUAAUCCCAGCGCCUGAUCAAGAAAUUGCUGAGUCACUGGUAUUGCUCAAUAACCCUGCCAGCCCUCUACAGGUAUAUAAUGAUCAUUUUGUGCUACGGGACAGCAAAAACGUUACAUACUACCCCUUUAACUGAAAAGAAAUACUUCAGAUGGCUAUGGAAUACAAAGAACAAACAGCAAUAUUUUUAUUCCCCAAACUCAGGAAGCCUCUGAAGUCUAGCUAAUAUAGAGACAUAAAGGAUUAUAUAACCAGACACCACUAUGUACAUUAGGCCUAAUGGUUACAAGGCCUGUGCCAUGGGGUUAACCCUUUGUGUAUAAGGUGUACACCUGCAUGUCUUUUUACUUCCACAUGCUUUGUACCAUAGCCAUAUGAGCUUGUGAUUUCUUCUUAAUCACCAACUCAGUCUAGAUGUCCAACUUAACUCACUAUUUCACUGUGUUGUUUUGUAUUUUGUCCACAUACUAUUUGUUUCACAUGUGGAUAAAAUUUUAAUGAUGGAUGCAAUUCCUUGAAAAUUGAUGCACUAUCGUAUCCUGUGUUUUUGAUAUAAUACGCUUCUUUUUAAAUAGUACGAUUGUUUUCAUAGCUAAGAGUACACUGGCCGCACACUAUUUUCCUAAGUAAAUUUGUAUUGUAUGGGAGUGUGCAGACUGAGUGCACUGACCAGUGUGAUUUCCAAUAUACUGGUAGGUUAGCUGGAGUAUCAUUAUACCACUAGGUGGCAGAAGCUGCCUUAGGAAUCACCUCUGAUGUUGGUGUUGGCAUGCAGACCAGCCACUGCUGAAAUCACCAGGUGAAAGCAUGGAACCAAACUGACUAGGCCUGUAGUUGCACAAAUUAUCAGUUUUCAUCACUUAUAUUAUUGCUUUAAUUUUUACAAUGUCAAAAUUGAAUUGAUGGUAAUAGUUUGGUCUUGUUUUGUGAAGUGAUGCUUUUGCAUAAGUUUGGAAUUUGAUGUUUUGUUCUUGUAAGAAUUAAAAUGUGAUUUUUGAA